CAGGCAGGUGCUCUCCGCUCCUUUCCCCCACCCCCGGGUGCCCACAGGAUAGAGGCAGCAGGCCGGCUCCCAGAGGACAGAGCGCUUGCACAGCUGAAGAUAAUUCCUGACGUCUGUCCCUCCUGCCCUCUGCAGGGCCCUGUCGGACUGGGACCCAGUUCAUCCACCCCCACCCCAAAUCCCCGCACAGCAAACACCUCUCUCCUCCUGCUGAGCCUCACCUUUCUCCUCAUUUUCAAGCCCCCUUUUCCCUGCCCCCCAGCAGUAGGCCAGACCCCUUAAGAUCCCAGCCAGUCCUGCAGGCCACGUUGCCAUGUGCCCCCCAGUCAGCACGCGGCACGGGGCGGAGGGCAUGUCCUACCUCCACGCAGCCUGGGUGUAUCAGCUUCAACAUGGCCAACUAAGGGUCUGCUUCGCUUGCUUCAAGGCUGCCUUUCUGAACCUUAGACAGUGGCUGGAGUGGGAAGACUGGGAAGAUGAAGAUUGGGACCCUGAGCCGAUGGACCCCACCGAGGCAGAGGCAGGGUCUGAGCAGGGGGCAUCCCCGGGGAUGUGGCCAAGCUGGGGGCAGGGCCAAGGGCAGCCUGCAGGGGCUGGGCCUGUGGACUGGGGGUUGGGCACCCUGGCAUCAGGCCCUGUGGAGUCGGAAGAGGUGGGCCUGAGUGAUCCCUUUGUGACCACCGAGCUGGAGCCUCAGGGGGCCACACCGCUGGGUCUGGGUGCCGAGGAUGCUGACUGGACCCAAGGCCUCCCCUGGAGAUUUGAGGUACCCCCUACCUGCUCACACUGGCCAAGCCCCCCUACUCCAUGGGAGGGGUUUUUCAAAGUGGACGUGCCCCCGGGGGGGCCCAUGGUAUUGGAGCUGGGCACCACGCGGGCCAUGGAUCCUGCUGAGGCCCAGGCCUCGUUACUGGACCUGCAGGUCCUCUCCCUGGUGGGCUGCUAUGAUGCCGUCUACCUCCGGAAGAUGAAGCCAGAAUGGGCCCUGCGGACCCCAGAGCAGCGUUGGCAAGUGCUGCUGGAGCCUGAGGAGCUGUGGGUGGUGAGACUCCAAGAUGCACCCCCGAAGCAGGAGCUGCACCAGUGGCAUCUAAGCAUUCUGGAAUCCCGUCCUCCAGGGCAGGAUGAAGAGCUGGUCCAUGCAGAGUCAGCCCUGCUUAAGAGGGGAUUCACCAUCUUCUCGUUUUCACCGUGGAUCAAGAGGGAGGCAGUGGAGGGGGACUCAGCCUCUAGGCCAGAGUCCUCCACCCAAGGAUGCGAUCCCAGCACCAGUGGGCCCAGCGGGCCCAGCGGGCCUGGGGAGAGCCUGGCUUUCACGGGAGCCUCAGCCCUGGGGGAGCUGCCACGUUUCCCCCCCUUCAGCCCAGGGCCCCAGAACUGAGGGACGGAGGCCCAAGUGGCUUCCGUCCUGGCUUCCCCAGGACACCAGAGGCGGGAAGGACUGACCCUCCACAAUAGCCAGAGUAGCAACUGGCAAAGGUUGGCGACUUGGGCCUGGGGAAGAAGAAUGGUGAGUGGCUAAGAGACUGAGAAAUGGGAGCCACCAUAGCAUUAGGUGGAAGGGACCCAAACACCUGUAACUGGGAGAGAAGUUCUCUGUCAGACGUCGUGGAGUUCGGAAUUUGAGGCUCUUCAGAAUGUGCUGGGUGAAUGGUUUCCGUGCAGCAUGUGAAGUGGGGAAUAGCACACAAGUCUGUGCACCAGCCCGGCCCUGGCCAUGGGGAGGAAUGUCUCAAGUAUGACACACUCCCAGGAACACACUGGAAUUGGGGGACCGCAGGGACAUGUGCUUGCCUUUACCCAAUGGCCUCUGGGCUCCACAGGACCCACUUAUCAGCACUGCGGACUCUGCAAUGGGAGAGACCUUGUUUCAAAUAUUGGCUAUU